AUGAUGGGGUUUCAAAGGCGAAAGGCUAAGGAGCUCCAAGAGUACUUUAAACAAAAGAAGCUUGAGGAAGCUGAUCAGGGUCCUUUCUUUGGAUCAUUGCUAAGAAUGAAAUUUCCAAUGGCAGGAUAUUUUCUUGACUAUGCCGCCCUUAAGCCACCACAUCCUCUACAAUUCAGGAGCUCAAAAGCUUUCAGAAACUACAUAGCUAUGGGAUGUGCUCAGACCAAGCCUUCAAUGGAUUCACCACCUCGGGGCUUACAGAAGUUGAAGCUGGAAAGUGGGUAUGUCAAAGGAGGGUAUGAUGGACCGAGAAGAUCAAUAGGUCAGAGGCUUUUGGGUAAGGACCCUGGUAGGUUUUCUCGGCCAGGGAUGAGGGAUAAGAGUUCUGAUAGUGGUGGUGGUGGUGGUAGGGCUAGUGUUGGAAGUAGAGGAAGUCGAGAAGGGAAGCUGAUCACUAGGGAGGGACAUAGAGAGAAGAGUAGUGGUGGUGGCGGCAGCAGCAGCAGUGGUGGAGGUGGCCGUGGCCGCAGUGGUGGUGGUGACAGAAGCGGUGGAGGUGGAGACAGAGAUGAAGGCAAAGUUUCUCAGAGAUUAAAGUCCUCUAAGGCAGGUGAAGAGGAUGAGCUGGUGGAUGGGUGGCCAAAGUGGCUCACUGAUAACAUUCCUAGAGAUGCUCUGGAUGGUUUAGUUCCAAAGAGUGCAGAGUCUUAUGAUAAGCUUGAUAAGGUAGGCCAGGGAACUUAUAGCAAUGUGUAUAAAGCUCGAGACAGGGCCACUGGAAAGAUUGUUGCUCUAAAAAAGGUUCGUUUUGACACAUCAGAACCCGAAAGUGUGAAAUUUAUGGCACGAGAGAUUAGGAUCCUCCGGAAGCUAGAUCAUCCCAAUAUUGUAAAGCUUGAAGGCUUGGCUACAUCAAGAAUGCUAUACAGUCUAUAUCUAGUUUUUGACUACAUGCAGUCCGAUUUGGCCAAAAUUAUUUCUAGGCCUGAUCAGAGGCUUACUGAACCACAGGUUAAGUGUUACAUGAAUCAAUUGCUCUCGGGUCUGCAGCACUGCCAUGAGAGGGGGCUUUUGCACAGAGACAUCAAGGGAUCGAAUCUGCUGAUUGAUAAAAAUGGGAUGCUAAAGAUUGCAGAUUUUGGGUUGGCAAAUUUUUUCAAUCCUGAGAAAAAAAGGCCUCUCACGAGUCGAGUUGUGACUCUUUGGUAUAGAGCACCAGAGCUGUUGUUAGGUGCUACUGAUUAUGGAGUUGGCAUUGAUCUUUGGAGCGCGGGGUGCCUCAUGGCAGAGAUGUUUGCUGGGAGGCCAAUUAUGCCUGCUAGGACAGAGGUCGAGCAACUUCACAGGAUUUUCAAGCUUUGUGGCACACCUGCAGAAGAUUAUUGGAAGAAAAUUAAGGUGUCAACAACAUUCAGACCGCCACAAACGUACAAGCAUAGUGUUCGAGAAGCAUUCAGGGGCUUCCCUCCAUCUUCUUUGGGCCUUCUGAACAUUCUUCUUGCUCUGGAUCCCGCAAGUCGUGGUUCAGCAGGUUCUGCUCUCCAAAAUGAAUUCUUUCAUACAUGGCCAUUGGCGUGCGAUCUUUCAGGCCUACCUGUAGUCUACAAAGGGGAUGAUGAGACAACUCAAUCCAAUGAGCGCAGAAAGCAUAGGCAACACUCUCGAAAACAAAGAGAGCGACGAAGAAAGGAUCAAGCUUCCGAGAAACCAAAAGGAGAUUCUGCUUCUUCUAAAGAGCUGACUAUAUGUGACUUAAGAGAUUUAGAGGAUCUGUUAAGUGUUAAAUCUUGUGCCAAUGCAGAUUUGAAAAAUUUUCAGCAGCCAGAAAACGUUGUAGAGCCGAUUGCCAAAAGCCAAGAGCCAAGAAGCAGUUUAGAUGUCCACAUUCACCAGAAUUUUAAUGUCCAGUUUUUGCUUUGUGACAAAUCUGAAAAGUUGUUGGUUACAUUUUGUGAACAAAAGCAAGAAACUCUUGGGCAUAGGCAACACUCUCGAAAACAAAGAGAGCGACGAAGAAAGGAUCAAGCUUCCGAGAAACCAAAAGGAGAUUCUGCUUCUUCUAAAGAGCUGACUAUAUGUGACUUAAGAGAUUUAGAGGAUCUGUUAAGUGUUAAAUCUUGUGCCAAUGCAGAUUUGAAAAAUUUUCAGCAGCCAGAAAACGUUGUAGAGCCGAUUGCCAAAAGCCAAGAGCCAAGAAGCAGUACAACUAGUACAUCCUCUAGCACGAAGCCAAUCCGAGAAGAGAGUUCACCUCCUUUACCCUUCCUGCUUGAAUCACCUCCCCAGAAGCUGUCCCCAAGAAGUGAAGCCCAUCCAAAUGCUACGAAGAACAUAAAGAACCUACCUCCAUUACCCAAUGCCAAAAGAAGCACCAUCAACUGCAAUGGCACGAACGAAAACAUGUACAGAUUGAAUCAGUUCUUUCAUACAUGGCCAUUGGCGUGCGAUCUUUCAGGCCUACCUGUAGUCUACAAAGGGGAUGAUGAGACAACUCAAUCCAAUGAGCGCAGAAAGCAUAGGCAACACUCUCGAAAACAAAGAGAGCGACGAAGAAAGGAUCAAGCUUCCGAGAAACCAAAAGGAGAUUCUGCUUCUUCUAAAGAGCUGACUAUAUGUGACUUAAGAGAUUUAGAGGAUCUGUUAAGUGUUAAAUCUUGUGCCAAUGCAGAUUUGAAAAAUUUUCAGCAGCCAGAAAACGUUGUAGAGCCGAUUGCCAAAAGCCAAGAGCCAAGAAGCAGUACAACUAGUACAUCCUCUAGCACGAAGCCAAUCCGAGAAGAGAGUUCACCUCCUUUACCCUUCCUGCUUGAAUCACCUCCCCAGAAGCUGUCCCCAAGAAGUGAAGCCCAUCCAAAUGCUACGAAGAACAUAAAGAACCUACCUCCAUUACCCAAUGCCAAAAGAAGCACCAUCAACUGCAAUGGCACGAACGAAAACAUGUACAGAUUGAAUCAGGUCCAAAGAUCUGUCUCCACGAGAGAAUUCCGAAAAGUUCAUCAAAGAAAGCUUCAUAAGCUACCUGAUCUGGAUGAUUAGUCCAUGAGAAAAUGACUAUCUAUAUAAACAAGAGUUUUCUUCCUUCCAAGUAGUUGGUUGUUGUAUGAUUAUGAUUUUGUUCACCAUAAUUUCUCUCCAUUAAUUAAAAUUAAUAUUGUGAGUCUCCCAUUGAAGAAAUCAUUUGUAACAGAUUUCCAUUAUUGGUAGUUGAGAUUAUUUGAUUUGUGUGUUGUUUCAAGGGGAAAAAAAUAUAAAGGGCAUUAUCAAAUCUCCUAUUCCUAAAUGGUUUCUUUUGGAUAUCUUGGGGGUGUAUGAUAUUGCUUCUUUUUGAGAUUUCAAGCCAUGUGUAGCAACAAUUUUAGUAAAUAAUUGCCUUUUCAAUUAG